ACAUUUAUUCUACAAUUACCAUGAAUACAGUGUGUUUCCAUGAAAGUUCGAUCAAGUGAAUGGGGGCGACACUAAAGCAUCUAUAGGAGAUGUUAACUAGAGUAAAUGUAGAUAUAUCUUGUAUACCAUUUGUCACCCUUGAUUUUUUCUGAGAACGUCAUCGUCCAAAAAUAUUGAACUACGUAAGAGAAAGAUAAUAAAAUCGAGUGAAACUUUAUUAAUCUGCAGAGUUUUUUUAAGCGGCAAUUGUUGAGGAGAAUAAGAAUAAAGUUAUUAAAUACAAUGGAUAAAACAAAAAUCGAUAGUAAUUUCGAAUUGGCACCUCUUCGGAGUUUAGAUGAUUUUUUGUUAAAAUCAGCUCGUUUUCAAAUACCAAAUUUUAAAGAUUUUGAUAAAUGGGGCAACAGAGUCGUCAAUAACAUGCUUUAUUAUCAAACAAAUUACUUGUUCAUGGCUGUGGUUAUUUUUCUCAUCGUAGGAUUAAUUCAUCCUGUCAAAAUGUUCGUUGGAAUGGUAGCAAUGGUAAUAAUUGUAGGAGGUUUCGCUUAUGUAUCAACGGAGGGAAGAUUGAUACAUCAAUUUAAACAACAAUAUCCAGGUGUAGGUAUAAUUGGAAUAAUAUUGGUAGCAGGUUUUGCUACUUACACCUUAGGAUCCCUCUUAGUUUUUUUACUUGGCAUUUUGCUACCAUUUUCAGUUAUAUUUAUACAUGCUUCUUUGAGAUCGAGAAAUACAAAAAACAAAAUUGUUAAUAAAAUUGAAGGCAUCGGCUUGACACGAACACCAAUGGGUAUUUUUUUGGAACAUCUUGAUGUGAAGAGUGCGACGUUACGUUACCAAAAGUAUUUUAAUAAACUACACGAUUAACAACCAGCUUUCAAAUAUGCAAUUGUACUAUAUUUAAUGGCUUCCAUUAAUGGUCAUCCAUAAGAAUCAUUACUUUCCAUGGAAAACAGGCUCUUCAUAUAAUAUUAAUUAUAUUUUAUUACCCUGUAAUUUAUACAAUCACAUAAUUUGAAUAUUCUUUUUUUUAUA